GUCCGGUGCCGUGUGACAUCCUCUCAAAUUGUGACAUAAAUCCUCGGAGAGGUUGGGAAGGCAACAAUGGGACUGUGUUAUGUCCCAGGCUCCUGGCUAGCCUGGCUAACCUAGCCAGGAGCCUGGGCAGUCAGCUGGCACAGCGACUGGCAACAUGCUGAUUCCUCUUAUCUGCUGCACUGCUCCCCUGUCUUGUCUCUGUACCUACUGUAAAAUACCAACCUACUUCUAAUAAGCCGCUGCAUCUUAUGCCGGCACAGGAGAAGCUGUCAGCUGUAGUUUAAAGCUGCCGUUAACUGAACUAAGGUCUGUGUUGUGGUUAGCCAGCUGCCUCCUGCAGUUUGACAACACUGACUGAGGAUUAAGUGGGGCUCCAUUAGCUUGCCAGAUGAUCGCGGUGCUGAUAUACGCCUCCAUCGGGACGAUUUUCAUCAGCGCGAUGUAGAUGGUUUUGUGCCUUGUCUCAAGAGAAAUUGUGAGUUGUUUUCCUGAAAGAAGACAGCUGGUGCUGAAGUUUGCAGUGUGCUUAUUUUACUCUACUAGCUUCGCUCAGAGUGUGCCAUAGCUGUCGCUAAGUUGUCACCCUGCUGCCAGCCUGUGAUCAGGUAGUCAUUAGGACACGCGUGCAUACAUCCACAUUCAUAGUGGCAGCCGUGUUCAGACGGCAGGCAGAUGGUGUGUGCGCCCCUCGCGUCCCCGGCGCGUCUCCUAACGCAGAGGCGGGGAGAGAUGUUGCCACCUGCAAAAAGCGAAGUGUUAAAGGUGAUAACAAAAGGUUGACGUCACCGGGCUCAUCCUGAUCCUGCCGCACAACCCCGACCACUGAGGAGGUGGAGGUGGAGGAGGAGGAGGAGGAGUAGUUGUUUCAGAGGAGGAGAGUAGCUUUCUGCUAUAAUGGUUCGUGUCUGGAAGGAAAAGGUCUAUCUCUGAUCAAAUUUCGGGUAUCCUAAGGGCGCACUUAACUAAUGGGAUCCUAUCGAUGUCUCUCCCCCUCCGAGCCCGAUCUUCACACGGCGGAAUGUUAAUGUUGCCACAGCCUGUCCGUGUUGUCUUUGGCUGCUCCGAGGCUGCCUUUAUUGUCCCAAUCGGCCUAUAAUGUCACGGAGCUUGACGGAUUUUAUGAAAAGGCGUCCCACAGUAAAGCAACUCUUCUGUGACUGACCGGACUAUGGAAGUUGUCGGGUUUGCCCUGCACAUGUGUGAGGAGAAGUGUGUGUCCCAUGUUACAUUAGUGUCUGUGUGAAAUGCUGGCCUGUCUGCCAGGGCCAGGUGACCUCCCCCUCCAGCUUCUCCCCCACACGCAGAUGAACACUGGACUUCAGAAAUGGGACACCACACAAAGGAUGAGAUCCGCUCCGUUUCCAACCCCUGCCGAAUUGGAUGCAUAUGCUAAGAAGGUUGCCAACAACCCCCUCACCAUCAAGAUCUUCCCCAACAGCGUCAAGGUCCCCCAGCGAAACCACGUGCGCCGCACCGUCAACGGGCUGGAUACGUCAGGCCAGCGCUACAGCCCUUACCCAUCUUCUCAGGCCAGUGCCAAGACAGGUCUUCUCGCCAUUGUCAAGACGCCCACGGUCAAAGGCAUCCUUAAAGAUUUCGACGGCACCCGGGCUCGCUUGCACCCUGAAGUCAUCAUGAACCCUCCCCCUGGACCCUAUCAAGUGGCUUCCACCAGCACUUUAAACCACCACCUUCCUAUGCCCAACCUGUCCCACCCCCAGCAGAGUGUGCCCCUCCAGCCACAGGACCCUCCUCAGACUUUACAAAUGCCCCACCCUCAGCAGCAGGCUCACACCCAGAGUCUCAGAUACCCUCAUCCCAUGGCCCAGCACCCUCAGGGCCCGCCCAGACUCCAGACUCUGCCUCAGCACCCAGCCCUUGGGCACCCGCAGGGGCCCCCUACUGUCAUGCUUCAGCAGCAGCAUCUUCAGCAGCAGCCACCGCCCGGUCUGCAGGGGAGCAGGAAGCUGCCAGAUGGCGACGCACCGCCUAACGUUACUGUCUCUACCUCAACCAUUCCACUCUCCAUGGCCGCUGGUCUGCACCAGGGCCGUCAGAGCGACCUGAGUACCAUUGUGCAUCAGAUCAACCAGUUCUGCCAAGCUCGGGCCCAAUGUGCAGGAACCACCUCCUUGUGCGAAGGCCAGAUCGCCAACCCCAGUCCCAUUAGUCGCAACCUGCUUAUCAGCGCCUGCUCCAGGGUAUCCAUGCACAGUAACCCUGCCACCCCCGGCUUUCCCCCACACAACUGCAUCCUAGGCCCAAAAGAGAAAGCCACAGCCCCAGUGGGAGCUCACGCUCCUCCCAGCGUGGCCACUAUGAACCACUUGCCUUCCAACCACACUGAUCUCAAGCAGCAGCAGCAGCACCAGCUGCAGCAGCAGCAUCUGCAUCAACAACAGAAUCAACAACAACUGCAACACAAUGCACAGCAGCAGAAGAUGCGCUCUUGGAAUCAGCAUCAGUUGGCUCACGUGCCCCACAUUCAGAACGGUGUGACCCACCUCUGCAAGCAGCCUUCCAGGGACCCCGCCUUCCAGUUUAAAGGCAUGGGCUACCCUGCAGAGGUGUGUGUGGGUCAGCCUUACUCACUGAAACCUCCGGUGGAGAGGCCCACGCCCUCACCCCCCGUCAACAACGGUAUGCCUGGUCCCAUGGCCCACUACACUAAUGGUCACUACUUCCAAUCCCACAUUUGGAACAGCAGCAUCCUACCCACACCCAACAGUGACAGCUCCGGGUCUCAGGACGUAGCCAUGCCAUUCCACAGUGCGGGACCAGGAGGAUGCACCACAAUAGACUGUGGGCCCCCUGGGCCUCCCCAUUACAGGCUAGGAACAAGCUCCUCCACCUCCUCCUCCGCCCAGACUAAUCUGAUGCAAACGGCAGAUUACUUGGGUGGGGACUUCCAGACGCCCUACUUCCGCGAUCAGAAUCUAGGGUUGAUGGGCAAGAUGCACAGGCCUCCUCUGAACAGGGUAGGUCCGGAGGUUGGAGACGGCAGAACCGCUCUCAUCCAGCACCCAGGGUACAGAUAAGCUAUGGCCUUGUCUCCACAACCAUUAUCAACCCCCUUUGUUUAGUCUUAAGAAAGGAAACACAUGAAUAAAACUCAACUGAUACGUUAAACAAAUGACCGCUAAUAUUAAAGAGGGUAAAUUAAUAUAUUUAAUGAAGAACAGUAGUUUUUUUUUCCUCUUUUUUUUUUUUUUAUCUUGCAAGUGAUCAAUUGCUACUGUUAUUUUUGUUGAUGAGUGCUUUUACCUGGCACGUAUUGUGUGUACACAUCUGUACUGUUCAUUCCCUGCUUUCUCCUCAUCAUACUCGUCUAUCUGUGUGCCUGGAUCUCAACAGAUCCUGUGUAAUUCCUACUUCUGACCUGUUGUUAAACUUUUAUUAUGCAUGUGGGAAAGAAGAUAGACUGAUCUCUCGCUGGAAAAACUCCCAACGUCUACUGAUGGAUAUUGUUUUCACAGGAUCAUGUCAGGAAUUUUUGGCUACGACUAGUUCUAUUGGACUGACCAAACUGUUGGUGUUGAUUCUUCAAGGUUAAUUACAGUCACUUCAGGAUAGAAGAGAGAGUAAUGAUCUUGUUCAGUGCCAUCACACACUGGAAACUUCGUAAAUACAGCUGGAAAAAGCUUGCGGUAUGCACAUGUACACAGGGGUUUUAUUCUUUUGAAAUGUUUUUAUUUAUUUGUGUAACGGGACUACUAAAGAUUGAUUCCACGUGGUCAGUUUAGGAAACAUGAAAUCAGGAUGUCUGUACGUAUUGAAGUCCCUACAGGGAGCAAUUAUUUUGAAAAGGCGAAGCUCUGGUCUGCUUAAAUGCUGCAAUGAAUUCAGGUGUUUAAACAAAAAGACUUUUUUUUUUUUUUUUGCCACAGUUGGCAACAAGAUUGUGAGAUGUUUAGGAGCAGAAAAAAAAGUCAUGAAAGAUUAACUCUCCUACCUUAAAAUGGCCAAAGUCAGGUUAACAAGGACACACUAUUGUGAAGUUGUGCCAUUUUCCGUUUGUGUCCUCUUCAGAUCGUUUUUGUGUCCAUGACAAAUGUAUUACUUGAAUGUUGAGAUUACUUGUUUUUUUUUUUGUUCUUUUUUUUUUUUUUUGCAGGUAUUGAAAGGGAUGGGUUAGCUAUGAGGACGAAACUCUGGAGUAGAAGAAAUAAGUGUUAAUAAUGUCAUGUAGAAUCUACCUACUGUACAAGCCUAGCCAGAGUUUUGAUCCUGACAACAGGAACUUCAGUGAAUUGUGUGUAGUUGCUACUGAUUCUGAUGUGAAGUCUGCUCGAAACGACCAAAUUGAUCACUUGCAAGAUCACCAGGAGGUGAACGACUUUUAAGUUUAAAGUGAAACAGCAAAUGCAUUGUUUAUUUUAUUGUACACUGACUUACCUACUAGACUACUGUAACUUUAAAGUUUAAUGAUUGUGUGUGAAUGUUGCCUCCUGAUGUGGGCACAAUUAAAGGUGAGUGUGAGAGUGUUGGAGUGUGUGUGUGUGUGUGUGUGUGUGUGUGUGUGUGUGUGUGUGUGUGUGUGUGUAAUACAAUGACGCCCAUGUUCUGUUCACCUAACUCCCUAACAGCCCUUAAAAAGCCUUAAGUGUUUGGUCCUUGGACUUUCCUUUGAAAACGAGCAUGGUUUUAUUAAUGAAACCCCAAAUAAUAAGGAGAAGAAGACGGUGAGAAUACACAGCAACAGCAAUUGUUUUCUUUUUUCUUUCUUUCUUUUUUUCUUUUUAUUUUAAUGACAUUUCGUUGAAUAGAGCAAUUCCUUAGAGAUUCUUUAUUAUGGAGAGCGAGAAAAGGAGUACUAUUUUGUAAUUAUAUAUUUUAGCAAUGUGUAGUUACUGAGCUGUAACAUUUUUUCCAAGUUUCAAAGCUUCAGUUUGCAGUUGUGACUAUUUAUAAUACUUGAUUUGCUUGUUAUUUAAAUUUUAUUUUCCUCUUUGUUUCUUGUACUAUUGCUGUGAAAUGGAAGAAGGUCCAUAAGCCUUUCUUUUGUGUCAUUCUGUACGACAGAUAAGAGGCAAGAGCGUGAGAGUUGUGCUACUCUUUUUGUAAUAUUGUAAUAAUAAAAUAAAGUUCUAAUUUAUGCUUUGAAAAGC